AUAAAGAUCUAUCACAAGGAAUUGUUUUCAAUAAUUUACGUCUAACAAUUCCAUCAAAUGUGCCAAAACUAAUUGCUGAUUUAAUCAUAAACUGUUGGGAUGCUGAUCCAAAAAGAAGGCCAACUUCUAGAGCAAUAUGUGAUAAUAUAAAUAUGUGGAUCAAGGAUUUAAGUGAUAACUCAACCGAAUUAUUUGCACAAAUAAAAAAAGCUGACAAAAGAUUACUGUCCAGCAUAUCAGCACCAUCUUGCGUAAAGGAACAUCAUGAAGUAAUUUAUUUUAGCCCUUUAUCGACCGAAAAUAUCAGAAAUAUCGUAGAUUCUGAUAAGCAAUAUAGCAAUUUAGGUAAUUAUCGUUUAUAUUUUCAUAAAGUUAAUCAAUCUGAACAAAAAAUUAAAGUUAAUUAA